CUACCUCUCAUUUUACGGCCGUGUUUUGGUCUGCCGUAAAGCGAAACGCGUGGACUCGGCGGAAGGUUAAAGCGAAACUCUCUGGUUGAAGUGAUUCCUAUCAAACACGCAUCAUGCCGUUUGUGGACCUGCAGACUCGGCUCGGCAUCGACGCUGAUAAAUGGCUGCUGAAUCAGAGCAGCCUUCAGCCCAAGCAGAAGGCGGCGCGCUGCCACACUUUUGAGAAGGAUUGGAUCGAGUGCUCCCACAACAUUGGGCAGACCCGCUCCAAGAAGGAGUGCCAGCUGGAGUUAGAGGAUUUCAACGAGUGCUUGCACAAGAAGAAGACAGUAAGUGUCUCAAUGCUCUCUGUCUCCUGUGUGAGUUAUUUUAGUAUCAUUUCAGAGCGGUGACUGCUGGAAAAGGGA